AUGAACAUGCAGGGAAAGAUCAUCUUCUACGAGGACAAGAACUUUCAGGGUCGCUCCUAUGAGACCAGCCAGGACUGCCCUGAGCUGACAUCCCACCUUAGCAGGUGCAACUCCUGCAGGGUUGAGAGCGGCUGCUUCAUGGCCUACGAUCGCAACAACUACAUGGGAAACCAGUACUUCAUGCGAAGGGGCGAGUACCCUGACUACCAGCGUAUGAUGGGUUUCGAUGACUGCAUCAAGUCCUGCCGUAACAUCCCCAUGCACAGAGGAGACUACAAGAUGAGGAUCUACGAGAGGGAGAACUUCGGAGGUCAGAUGCACGAGAUGAGCGAGGACUGUGACUCCAUCCAGGAGCGUUACCGUAUGUCCGACUGCCAGUCCUGCAACGUGAUGGACGGCCACUGGCUGAUGUACGAGCAGCCCCACUUCAAAGGCAGGCAGAUGUACAUGAGACCUGGAGAGUAUAGAAACCUCAGAGAGAUGCAGGGAUACAAUGGAAUGAAGUUCAGUUCCAUCAGAAGGAUCACCGACUCCUGUUAAAUUAUC